AUGGGCCGAAAGAGACACGCCAAGUUUCAAAACAGCAAAUCAAAUAUUCCAGGAACCAGCUCAGUUAAAUUUGAGAAAGCAAUAGAGGUUGAUAAUGAUGAGAUUUGUGAUGCAGUCUGGCAAUCAAAAUUUGUUCUGAAGAACCUCCAGCAUUACGCAAUCCAUCCAAAUUUGGCCUGGUACUACGAGCCUUUGAAGUCCACUGCUUUGCAGAGGUUCCUGGCUCAAAACAGGAAAAUCAGAAGCUUCAUGUUAAAAGUAGCAGAGUAUGAUCAGGAUAAGACCUUACUGAUUCUGACCAACAACCCACUUCCCUGCCCAACUGACCAGCAAGGAAAGGACAUGGCACCAAAAUACUUUUCCAAGGAGUUGCCGCUCAAGGUAAUGGAAAGUUAUCAGCAUAAACCUCCUGGGACUGUCUGCCUACCCCUGAUGUCUCAGAAAAAAAAGUUAAGAUCUGGGCUGAAACCAACCUUUCCUGUGACCCUGUUGGAGGAUCCUACAUCCCAGCGAGAACAGUGGUUUAGGUUUUCCACCGACAAUGAUUUCAAGAGUGAAGGGAAGUAUUUAAAGGUCUGUGAUUUGAGGAAACAGAAAAAAAUGUACCCCCAGCUCAACUUUGCUUCAGUCUGUAAAAGAGAUAUGAGGAAAGAUGCCAGCGCCACGUCAGCGAGCGACACGCCGACCCCCGAGGCGGCCCGGGCCCCGCGGAGCCUUCCGUCGCUCCUGAACGGAAGCCGCAGCGCCGAGCCGGGGGAGCGCGCCUUCCGCGACGGAAGGGCCCCGGCCCUCAAGCGAAGACAAACCCUCCAGGCCGCCUGCCGCGGUCUCCCGAGGCGCGGGGGCGGCCCGAGUCGCCGUCCAGGGCGUGCGGACCAAAUAAAACCGCAUUCCGCUCGCUCCGGGCUUGCGCCGCAGGGUCGCUGGCGGGCGGGCGGGCGGGCGGGCCCCGCCGUGGGCCCCCGCCCCGGACCCCGCCCCGCGCUGCGGGGGCCGCGACGCAGCCCCGGGGGCCCAGCGCCGGCCCCGCCUCCGCCCGGCUGCGGGAGGGGCGGGGGCGGGGGCGGGGCGGGGGCGGGGGCGUGGCCGCGGCCCCGGGGGACGGGAGCGGCCGCCGCAGCCGGGAGGGCGGGCCUUCUCCCCGAGUGA